UAUGUUCCCAUAUAUUUUCACUUUGUGUGUGAUAUUACUCAGCACCAUGCACAUCGCAUCAUCUUUGGAGCUGCAGCUUGGCAUGCCAAAUGUUUGUGCUGAACAGGAGAUGUCCAUGUUGGGAGCCCGUCAGCCUUGUGUCCAGGCUUUUACUCGCAUGGCCAAGGUGUGGAAACAGGGCUGCAUUAACCACAGAUGGUGUAUGGGCUACGAGAGAAGGACAGCAUACUACACAGGGUACAGGCAGGUGUACAGCAUGGAUUUGCACACAGUCUACAAGUGCUGCCCAGGUUGGACUCAGAAGGGAAACGAAAUGGGUUGUCUGCAUAGAGUCUGUGGUGCCAAUACAUGUUUCAAUGGAGGCCGAUGUGCAGAGACUGAAGACCAGAUAUGUCAGUGUCCAUCGGGCUUCAAAGGGACACAAUGCCAGUAUGAUGUUAACGAAUGUGAAGUGGAUGAAGGCGGCUGUGAAGGGUACUGUUGCAACACAAUUGGCAGCUACUACUGCAAGUGUCCUGAAGGCAGUAGACUGGGUCCAGAUGGCAAGUCAUGUCAAGAUGUAAAUGAGUGCGAGGAGCUCAAUGGAGGAUGCCAGCAAACGUGUGUGAACACACCGGGUUCUCAUCGCUGUGAGUGCAGCGAAGGCUUCCGCAUGCACGCUGAUGGUCGGACCUGCAUUGCUGUGACUUCUUGCUCAGUACUGAAUGGUGGAUGUGAGCACAAGUGUGUGGACAUGGGGAACAAUCACUACAAAUGUGAGUGCCGAAAGAACUACCAGCUGAAGAGAGAUGGGAGACACUGUGAAUUGAGGGACCCCUGUGAGGAGAGGAAUGGAGGCUGCGCCCAGCUGUGUCUUUCUGAAGAUGGCGGGGCUCAGUGCAGCUGCCGACCUGGUUUUACACUGGCUGCAGAUGCCAAGAACUGUGAAGAUAUUGAUGAGUGCAGUUCAGGCCAUGCCAGGUGUUCCCAUGGAUGUGUCAACAUGCUGGGCUCCUUCAGCUGUGUGUGUCAUCCAGGCUUUGAACUUGGUGCAGAUGGCAAACAGUGCUACCGCAUUGAGAUGGAGAUCGUCAACAGCUGUGAGAAGAACAAUGGAGGCUGCUCUCAUCAUUGUGAGCACACCACCAACGGCCCCCUCUGCUCAUGCAACCACGGCUACCAGCUAGACCAAGACAGGAAGACCUGUGUUGAUAGUGAUGAGUGUGUCAGUGGGGAGUCCUGCUGUAGUCACUUCUGUAGAAACUACCCAGGUGGCUACGAGUGCAGCUGCAGAGCCGGCCACAGACUAAACCCAGACGGCUGUGGCUGUGACGACAUUGACGAGUGCGUAGCAGAGACCUCAGGCUGCGAACACUACUGUGUCAACUCCCUGGGAACAUAUGAGUGUUUUUGUCGACUGGGCUUCCGCUUGGAUCAGGACCAGCACUCCUGCAUCUCACUUUAUGGCAGAGAACUAGAAGAAGAGGAGGAGGAGGAAGAAGAGGAGGAGCAGCUGGAGGUCCAAAGAUUACCAGAUCUGCUAUUCCGCAAUGCUCCUCAGCUCCUGCAGUAUACGGCAGCCUUGCACUCCCCUUAUGACAGUGAUGAUUAUGAUGGUGAUGAUGGCGGUGAUGAUGAAAAAGAGUUAGAGAUCCAGAGAGACCGCAGGGGGGAACUUAGGCUGGAGAGCCACAUAGUGUGUCUAGAUGGCUCGUUCGGGGAUGACUGCAGUGUGAGCUGUGAAGACUGUGUAAAUGGAGAGUGUGGUGAAAACAGAGACAGAUGUCAGUGUUCACCUGGAUGGACUGGGAUCAUCUGCAACAGGACUUGUCCACAGGGGACCUAUGGGCAGGCCUGUAACAGUCUGUGCCGCUGUCAGAACGGAGGCUCGUGUGACCCUGUGACUGGGAAGUGUUUGUGUCCCCCAGGGGUGGAGGGCCUGCUCUGCGAGGAUGGUUGCCCAAGGGGUUAUUUUGGGAGGCACUGUAGAAGAAAGUGUAACUGCCCCAACAAUGGACACUGCCAUCAUCUGUAUGGAGCCUGCCUGUGCUCUCCAGGAUUAUAUGGUCGUUUUUGCCACCUGCCUUGUCCCAGGUGGACGCACGGUGCAGGCUGUUCCAAGGAAUGUGACUGUAUUCAAGAACAUUCCUCUGGCUGUGACCCCAAAACAGGGAGCUGUUUCUGUAAAGCUGCAUACCACGGCCCACAGUGUGAGAAAGAAUGUGAUCCUGGCUUCUUCGGGGCAGGCUGUGAGCAGCCAUGUGACUGUCCAGGUGGAGGGUCAUGUGACCCCAGGACUGGAGAGUGCAGCCAGCGAUGCCCUGCAGGACUUCACGGAGACAGAUGUCUGCUCGCCUGCAAAGCUGGGAGCUAUGGCGAAAACUGUCGUCUGACCUGUGACUGUGGAGGGAGUUCUUGUGAUCCCAUAACUGGACACUGCAUCUGUCCUCCUGGGAAGACAGGACGCUCCUGUCAGGAAGACUGCCCUGAUGGAUUCUGGGGGUUGCAGUGCCAGUCAUCUUGUCCUCCCUGUGAGAACAGAGGCUCAUGCAAUAAACAGACUGGAAGCUGUGACUGUAAACCAGGCUUCACAGGAAACCUCUGUCAAAAUGAGUGUCCCCCGGGAUACCAUGGACCAGGCUGUUUUAUGCAAUGUUCAUGCCACCCUGAUGCGAGCUGUGACCCACAGACAGGUCACUGUGUCUGCCCUCCGGGCAAAACAGGCCAUGACUGUACAACAUCAUGUGACUCUGGUUACUGGGGCCAAGGGUGCUUCACCAAAUGCCAGUGCCAGGACAGCUCUCUGAGCUGUGACCCUGUCACCGGUCAGUGUGUGUGUGAGGCUGGCUUUAUUGGAAACCAGUGUGAAAAAAAGUGUGUAAAUGGCAGUUACGGGCAGGGCUGUGUCCAGCAGUGCCAGUGUCAAAACGGAGCCCAUUGUGACCAUGUGAGUGGAGCCUGCACGUGUUCCCCCGGAUAUGCUGGCACUUUUUGCGAAAAAAUGUGCCCGGACGGCUUUUACGGUCUUGACUGUGGCCAGAUGUGCGAGUGCAGGAACGGUGCCCGCUGCCACCACAUCACAGGAGUCUGCCUAUGCACCGCCGGCUGGGCAGGACCACACUGCAUUCUGGAAUGCCCAGAGGGUCAUUUUGGUGAGAAGUGCAGUCAGACCUGUGACUGUCAGAACGGAGCCAGGUGUGACCACGUCACCGGGCGAUGCAGCUGCACGGCCGGGUGGACUGGAGUCAGCUGCCAACUGCCCUGUCCUGCAGGACAAUAUGGGGAACACUGUUCUGGCCAGUGUCUGUGCCAGAAUGGGGGAUCUUGUGACAGCGUGACAGGCCAGUGCUCCUGCACACCCGGCUGGGCUGGAGCCGCCUGUGAGUUAGAGUGUGAGGAAGGACAUUAUGGAGAGAACUGCUCUCAGGCCUGCAGCUGUGCAAACGGAGGGAGAUGUGACAGAGUGACAGGAAGAUGUGUGUGUCAGCCUGGUUGGAUAGGAGAGCUCUGUCAGUCAGCCUGUUCUAAGGGAUUUUUUGGAGAGGGCUGCGAGCAGAGGUGUGACUGUGUCCAUAGUUCGAGCUGCCACCAUGUGACGGGCCGCUGUGAGUGUGAGCCAGGCUGGAGAGGAGCCAGGUGUGACAAACCCUGCCUCCCGGGGUCCUACGGUGCUUCCUGCUUCCAGCGGUGUCAGUGCCAGGCUGGGGUGUCCUGUCACCACGAGACAGGGAGUUGUGGCUGCCCAGCUGGACUCACAGGGCCUGGAUGUGAGAAAACCUGUUCUGCAGGCAUGUUCGGGCAAAACUGCAGCCAGCUGUGCCAGUGCUCAGGUGAUCAAGAGCAGUGCCAUCCUGUGACGGGGAGAUGUAGCUGCUUGCCUGGUUACCACGGGCCACACUGUGAGCUACGAUGUCGAGCAGGGACUUUUGGACCAAACUGCAAGUCCAGAUGUAGCUGUAUCAAUGGUGGUCGCUGUGACUUCAGGACUGGAACUUGCUACUGUCCGCCAGGCUUCAUCGGAGCUGACUGCAGCUCAAGUUGUCCGAGUGGGUACUAUGGGAAGGACUGUGCUAAGAUGUGCUCCUGUGGGGAAGGAGGGCAAUGCCACCCUGCAACCGGGAGGUGCAUCUGUGCCCCUGGUAGGAUGGGACAGUCCUGCCAACAAGCAUGUCCCAGAGGACGUUACGGCCUACAGUGCAGAAAUACAUGCAGCUGCCAGAACGGGGGUCUAUGUGACCCUGUUGAUGGGUCCUGUAAGUGUGGACUGGGCUGGACUGGGCCACGCUGUGACACAGCCUGUUCACAGGGAAAAUAUGGGCUUGAUUGUGCACAGGACUGUCCAUGCCUCAACAAUGGGACCUGUGACCGUUUUACUGGCACCUGCAGCUGUACUGCUGGAUUCUACGGCCACUCCUGUCAACACAAAUGCCCUUCAGGUUUUUUUGGAGUGAAUUGUGCCUAUACCUGUGACUGUAAGGUGGGUCAGACAUGUGACCAUGUGACAGGCCAAUGUGUAUGUCCACCAGGCUACUAUGGACCACAGUGCCAAAGACGGUGUCAAGCUGGCAGCUUUGGACUGAACUGUGCAAAGUCAUGUGACUGUGCUGGCGAGGCCCCAUGUGAACCAUCGACUGGACGGUGCCUCUGUCCCUCAGGAAGGACAGGACAGAGAUGUGAAAAAGACUGCGGUGGGGAUCGUUUUGGCCCCGAAUGCUCUCUGCUGUGCCAGUGUUCCCAUGGGGCCCUCUGUGAUGGGCUGACUGGGCGAUGUCUGUGUUCGCUCACCUGGCUGGGCCCCACCUGUCGUGAAGCUCUGCUGCACCAAAGCCCAGGACCACUGAACCCCUCUGUGUCCCAAAGAAAGAGAAGAGCAGGCAGCAAAACCACAUAACCCAAGCAGAGGUGCACACUGCUGACUGGACAUUCAAACACAGCGCUGUGUGAAGCUAGUGAAGCAAGAUCAUCUUGGUAAAGGUGGUUGGUAUUACUAUGUUUUUGUGAUACUGGUACUCAGCUGUCAGAAACUAGCUCUCCAUCACUGAGCCUGGAGUUCAAGAUAAUCAACCAGUGAACCUGGAAAUGUGAGGGGCCCUCAAAGGACCAUAAACUCUAAACUGACCCCGCACUGUAAGAUUUAACGUCCAGGGUUACACAGACUUCUUAGAAAUACACACAAAUACCUGCAUCGCAUCUGUUACCAUUGCUGAUUGAAAGUUAAUUUGCUUUCCACUCCACCGUUCAACGACUUUUUAAAGGUUUGGUUUCUUUCUUAAGGGCAUUUGGACAAGACAUGUGACUGAAUCAGAGACUUUCUUGUAACUGAAGAGCCUUUGCAUCUGCUACCAAAUAUAUAGUUUGUGUCCAGAAAAAAAACUUGAUGGUUACUAUAAUAGAAUGCCAAGCAUAUUUUUGGUGAAAAUUAAAUUCCUCUAAAACAGAUUUAGAAAUAUAUGGGUGACUUGCAUACUUAUUCUGAGAAAUAAAAACAGCAAGAUCCACAUAUACAGGGACUCAUGUGAGCUACAAAAAUAUGGUCCAAUAGAAGAGACAUAAAUGUUGAAGCAGACAGUGUUUUGUUGUUAAAAAAAAAGAUUUAAAAAAAGAGAUAUUUUAAAAUAAAUACCAUUACUCUACUUUGAAUAAUAAUUUAUAUUUGUUUUUUUCCACAGCAAAGGCCAGUUACCUGGUUAAAUAACCACAAAUCCAGCCUCUGUCAUUAUGCAAAUAUCCUUCAAAAAUGUAACUGCUUGACACAAGAUGUCUACUACUUUACUGAAAUGUCUAUUCUCUUCUGUGCACUGGAAGCUUCAAGUUUCCAUAUCAAACUUCUGUAAGUUGCGCACUGGAGCACGAUUGGCUUCCAAACAUGUUUUGAUGUCACAAAAUCCUGAUUGUACCUGUAAGUCUUAAACUCAGAUUUAAGGUAAGCACAGAGGAACUUUCCCCCUUCAGCAAAUGAUGACACAAAGACAUGGUCAAACAUCCAAGUGAAGUAACAAUAUGAUAAACAUGUUUUAGUUGAGGGGAGUUUAAUAUCAGGAAUCAAACAAAAUCAAAUUGGCAUUUCUUUUUUUUUUAUUAACAUUUUCUAAAAUAAAUUUUGAGUCCCGUAACAAACAUACAGAUGUUGCAGGAUGGAAGAGUAGAUUUCUUCGUUGAUGUAAAUCUGGCACAUGUACCCUUCAAACAGUGUUUGCAUCCUCAUCAAACUAUGACGUAGUUCACCCACAAAACACUGAAAUGGCUCUGUGUCUCUGUCAUAUAAGUAGGGAAUCGUAUUACUUACACAUUUCUUUUAUGUGUGUUUAUUCACUUAUUAUAUUAUAAUUUGUUGUUAAAGUUUUUAUGUUUUGAUUCUCACACAUUUGCCUUUUGUUCUUUGUGAAAAUGCAUCAUUUCCCAAAUGAAUCCAACUCCCAUAGUUGUUUCGUAGAUUUACAAAUUAAUCUAAACAGUUUUUUCUUGCUAUUUCACAAGAGCGGACUCAUCCUCACCUUAACUUAUUUAAUUGUUCAAACACCUAUCUGUUACAGACAUCUGUGAAAAUAUUGUCUACCUGUAAGUUGUUUCUUAAUGCUGAAUAUGACAUGAACAAGCUUCAUUUACCAGCAUUGGAAAAGAAACUCUUCAUAUAUUGACACUGAUGGUGGAUUUUCUUAUUGUAGUGCAGUGUGCUAGUUUUGAUACACUUCAGGCAAAACUUUCAUGCAACUUUGCUUGUUUUGAUCUGUGUUUAUUGAAGCAGCAGGUGAUACAGAGUUUGGGAGUUUUACAGAAAAUGAUAAAAUUGAUCCAAAUCUUUUCCUACAGUACUUUUCUGUGGCUGUUUUUUUUUCUUUCUAACCACACGAUAAGAUUAAGUCCCAUAUCACAACUGCUACCAUUUACCAUACAUUUUAUUUGAUGGUUCAACCCUUUUACAGAAAACUGUCCUUGUUUUAUAUCUCAGGUCAUUUAUCAGUCAUAACCUACUGUGCUCAUUUUCUAAUGGCACACUUAUGUCAGCGGUGCUACAUUGAUUCAUUUUGUUGGAUUUGAUGAAUACUGUUUUUACUAUAUCUUCCCUUUGUCUUUUUGUUUCCUCCAUG